AUGACAAUUCUGACCAUGGAAUCACUGGACAUACCACCAUCCAGUGCUUUUUCUAUAUUCAUUUUUAGCAUCAUUAUCUACUCCUUAAUUUUGUUCUUCCAUUCUGUGUUACUUGUGACUAUUGCUGCAAAAAGAGAUCUGCAUAAACCUAUGUACAUACUGCUAUUUAAUUUGUCCAUAUGUGACCUUAUAGGAGCUACAAGUUUUUAUCCACAGCUGGUUUGUAGUAUACUGUCCCAGAAUAGAGCAAUAUCAUACCCUGCCUGUGCCUUACAAGGCAUCGUUAUCCACAUCUACAGGGGUGGGUCACUUUUAUUUCUCACUGUUAUGUCUUAUGACAGAUAUAUUGCUAUUUGCAAACCUUUAAGAUACCAUAAUCUGAUGACACUAGGGACCUUGAUAAAAAUCAUUUUUAUGGUUUGGGUUUUUAAUUGUGCACUGAUUGGGAUUUUAUUCACACUCACACUAAGUAAAGAAAUCUGCAGGACACAUAUAGUGGACACAUUCUGCAAUAAUCCUUCUUUAAUAAGGUUAAUCUGUGAGGAUACACGAGCAAUUAAUCACUCUGGCUUGUUUACUAUAGCUCUUUUUCAAGGUUGUUCCAUACUAAUUGUAUCAUUAACAUAUAUCAAAAUCCUAAUUACCUGUCUUUCUACAAAACAGAAAAAUUCUAUAAGUAAGGCAAUGCAGACCUGUGGGACACAUUUAGUUGUUUUUCUAACUUUUGAGGUUAACACAUUCUUACUACUGAUUUCUCACAGGUUAGAAGCAGUAUCUCCACACUUAAGAAGAGCUUUUGGUGUUUCAAUUGUAAUAUUUCCUCCAUCAACCCUCUAA